AUGUCCAUCAGCAAGCCCGCCAAUCAGGCCAUCGCAUCACCCAGUGCGCCCAAGCCUACGUCGUCUCUUCCUAGUGUCGCCGUCCCUUGCAGCAAGCUUGCCUCUGACCGUAUCCAAGCUCGCCGACAACGGAUCGUCGCCAACCUACAGGCCUCAAGGAAGAGACCUACCGCUCCGGCAUCGAUCCCUAAAUCCUCGUCAAUGCCGUCCCGAGCAGUGCCGUCAGCCGUCACCACUCCGGCAUCGAUCCCUCAAUCCUCGUCGAUGCCGUCCCGAGCAGUGCCGCCAGCCGUCACCACUCCGGCGUCGAUCCCUCAAUCCUCGUCGAUGCCGUCUCGAGCAGUGCCGCUAGCCGUCAUCACUCCGGUAUCGAUACUCAAAUCCUCUUCGAAACCGUCUCGAGUCAUUCCAGCACCUCCGGUCAACGCCCUAGCAUCAACUCUCACAUCCUCGUGGAUGCCGUCACGCUCUCGCAAACCCCGUGGCACGAAGCCCUACUGCGAGGGUCGACCUGGGUGUAAAUGCCACCCUACAGAAGGGGACAUUCCAGCCCAACACAAGAUAGGUCCCCGCCUGUGGAAGACCACACCAGCCGAAGCAGACGUUGACCCAAAAAGACCAAGGAUCGUUCGGUUUGCGGACAAUCUUGUCCAGUCGACCAGAACGUUCCGACCUUGGUACAACAAAACUUGGCCGUCCCCUGAGCAAUCCUCGGACGAUACAACCGAAGCAGAAGACGACGCCGCCAUCAGCGCCAUGGACACUCCGCCAGCGGUAGAAGUCAACCCCAAUCUUCUACCUGGCAGCUCAGACUUCCAGAGCACCUGGCAGACGCUGAUGGACGAAGGAUUUCCUGAUGACGACGAACACUUCUCCUAG